GAGGCCUCCUGAGUUGCGUCCCUCGGUCUGCUCACAGCUGGCGAGCACCAUGAACAUCGCCCACUCGAUACCUUCCACUGUAUCAAGCGUCUCUUUCUCAUUCCUCACUAGCCAGGAUAUUCGCCGCAUCUCUGUCAAACAGAUCGUCAAUCCUGUUCUCCUCGAUGAUCUGAAUAGACCUAAUAUCGGAGGCCUCUACGAUCCUGCUCUGGGACCGAGCGAGCGUCAGGACAUCUGCGCAACAUGUCGCCUCAGCUACUUCACUUGUCCUGGCCACUUCGGCCAUAUUGAACUCCCGCUCCCAGUAUUCCAUCCGCUUUUCAUGGUAAACGCGUACAACAUCCUCAGAGCCACUUGCUUGUUCUGUCAUAAAUUCAAGCUGCCACGUACAGUUCUAUGUAAAUAUGCUGCUAAACUGCGACUGCUUGAACAUGGCCUACUCGAAGCUGCACAUGGCAUCGAUGACAUCCGUCUCAUACAGCGCAAGGAGAAAGGCGAUGAUGCUGAAGAUGAUGGUGGCUCGGAUGAGACAGCGCAGGAGUUUGAAAUGCGUGUCAACCUAUACGUUUCGAUAUACCUAUCUCGUGCAUCUAGCAGCAGGCGAGAUCACUACAAGGAUGGCCUCGUUUACCAGGCCCGCAAGGACAUUAUUUCGGACUUCAUGCGCACAGCUAUGAUUCGGCAAUGUAAAAACUGUGGAGCCCAUGGCUUCACCUUUCGAAAGGAGGGUCACACAAAGGUCAUCGAGUACGACCUUACUCCGAAACAGAAAAGUCAACACGCUUACUCUGGCUUAAAACGGCCUCGCGUGCUUGAUUUGGCUCCAGUCCCGAACCAUUCAGACAUAAACCAUAUGGAUGUGGACUCUGCCAGCUCUGAAUCAGAAGGGGAGGGCGAGCCGAUUCUUUCUGAGGACAAUGACGAACCUCCCAAUGUUGCUAAACCCUCGGAAGACCACCAAGCUCGCGCAGUCAACGGUAAAAUCAAAGGGAAGCGUGGGCGAAACGAGCGACUCAUGCCUCCAGAAGAAUGCCGGGCUCACAUACGUCGUCUAUUCAAAAACGAAUCGACAUUGUGUUCCCUUCUGUAUGGGCGACACGGCCCAUUUGCCCCGCUCACGCCCACAGGUCUGUCGCUUGCCUCCGCAGACAUGUUCUUCAUGGAGGUCGUCCCUGUGCCACCCACACGCUUCAGACCACCAGUAAGGAUGGGUGAAACGCUCUUUGAGCACCAGCAGAACGAGCUUCUCUCAAAAGUGCUGAACAGCUCUUACCGUGUACGCGAUGCCAAUGCCAAUGUCAGGGCGAAAGAUGCAACAAAAGACCAGUCAAGAGCUGAAGAGUAUCUAUGGGACUCGGUGGUUCAGAUGCAAAUUGACGUCAAUAGCUUCAUUGACAGUAAUAAGAAUCCUGCUCCCGUACGACAGGGGAAGCUGCCUCCUGCAGGUGUGAAGCAAGGGCUUGAAAAGAAGGAAGGCCUGUUCCGAAAGCACAUGAUGGGUAAACGUGUCAACUACGCAGCGCGUUCAGUCAUUUCCCCCGACGUCAACAUCGAGCCAAACGAGAUUGGUAUUCCACCAGUGUUUGCUCGGAAAUUAACAUACCCUGAACCCGUCACUCCUAUCAACUUCCAUGAGCUGCGGCAAUAUGUGAUUGCCGGUCCUAAAAACUAUCCCGGAGCAACGAUGGUGGAGUAUGAAGAUGGGCAUCAGCAAUCUCUGGAGAACAUGACUAUUGAGCAGCGCACAGCAAUAGCAAAUCAGCUGUUGACACCUUACAACGGUAGCGACAAUCGUCGUGGCCUUGCGACCAAAACCGCGUCUGUCAACAAGAAGGUGUAUCGACAUCUACUCAACGGCGACAUCUUGAUCUUGAACCGACAGCCAACACUGCACAAACCUAGUAUGAUGUGCCAUAAAGCUCGCAUAUUACGUGGCGAGAAGACCAUUCGAAUGCACUAUGCUAACUGUAACUCUUAUAAUGCUGAUUUUGAUGGAGAUGAAAUGAACAUUCACUUCCCUCAGAAUCAAGUAGCUCGCGCUGAGGCGAUGCUCAUUGCCAAUACCGACAAUCAGUACUUGGUGCCAACCUCUGGAAAGCCUUUGCGUGGUCUCAUUCAAGAUCAUGUUGUAGCUGGCGUUUGGAUGACAUGUCAAGAUGCCUUCUUCACUCGAGAAGAGUACUUCCAGCUACUCUAUGGCGCCUUGAGGCCUGAAGACCAGAUAGACCAAGUGGGGAGGCUGAAAACACUACCACCAACAAUAUGGAAGCCGGCACCUCGUUGGACGGGCAAACAAAUCAUCUCCACUGUCCUGAAAAACAUCACUCCGACCAAUGCUGAAGGUCUAAACCUUGAAUCUAAGGCCAAGGUUCCAGGCAAUCUGUGGGGCAAAGGUUCGACGGAAGAUAACGUCAUCUUCGUUGACGGAGACCUUGUCUCUGGAGUCCUUGACAAAUCGGCAUUUGGUGCAACGGACUACGGCCUUGUCCACUCUGUCUAUGAGCUGUAUGGGGCCGAUGUUGCUGGUAAAUUGCUAGGGAUCCUUAGUAGGCUCUUCACAAAGUUCCUCCAGCACCGAGCUUUUACUUGCCGCAUGGACGACCUCGCUUUGACCCCUGAUGCAGACAAACGAAGGUCCGAUAUCUUGGAUGAUGCAUGCAACUUUGGCACCGAUGCUGCUAUCGAGAACUUUCCUUCACUGGUUGGUCUAGACAAAGAGGACGUCCCUCAGGCGCUAGCUUCGCUACUGCGAGACAUCCUCCGGGACGAUAACAAAAUGGCUGGUCUUGAUGUCACUGUACGAAACAAGAUGGGAGGGCUCACGAAGUCUGUCGAAGAUGCUUGCGUCCCUGGAGGUCUUCUACGGAAGUUCCCCUACAACCACAUGCAGAUGAUGACACUGUCUGGUGCCAAAGGCAGUGCUGUAAACGCACGACAAAUCUCGUGUGGUCUGGGCCAGCAAGAGCUAGAAGGUCGUCGUGUACCUCUCAUGGUCAGCGGCAAAUCACUACCCUCAUUCAAAGCUCUGGAGACCAAAGCUAUUGCUGGUGGAUAUGUUGCAAGCCGUUUCUUGACGGGGAUCAAACCUCAAGAAUUCUACUUUCAUUGCAUGGCUGGUCGUGAAGGUCUGAUUGAUACAGCUGUCAAGACUUCACGUUCCGGGUACCUUCAGCGUUGCUUGAUCAAGCAUUUGGAAGGACUCCGCGUCCAUUAUGACCAUACUGUCCGCGGUAGCGACAUGUCGAUCUAUCAAUUCCAUUACGGUGGAGACGGCCUCGAUGUCACCAAACAGAAACACUUGUAUCAAUUCGGCUUCGUGGCCCAGAACGAAAAAUCUUUCGUCAAUCGUCUACAGCCUGCGGAGGUUGCUCAGGCCAUCAAUGAGGAAGAUGCUAUUGCGUACAUGAAAAAGGUUCUCAAGAAGUCUGCUGAGCGCGAGGACAAGCAUACGCCUGCGCCGCGAGAGGUUUACGAUCCAGCCCUGAACAAGUUCACACCAAGUCGCUACCUGGGUAGUACUUCGGAAAAGUUUGCUAGCGCACUGGACAGCUACACUAAAACUAAUCCUCACAACCUACUCCGGUCCAAGAAGCUUCACCAUCCUCUUCCCAUCAAAAAGCGGAAGGACAACAUGUCUGUGAAUCACUUCAAAAUGCUAAUGAAUGUAAAGUAUAUGCGAAGUCUGGCUGACCCUGGGGAAGCGGUUGGUUUACUGGCAUCGCAAGGAGUUGGCGAGCCAUCAACCCAGAUGACUUUGAAUACUUUCCACUUUGCCGGCCACGGUGCUGCCAACGUUACGCUCGGAAUUCCUCGACUGCGAGAAAUCGUCAUGACGGCUUCGCAGAAACCCAAGACACCCUCUAUGACCAUGGAAGCUCGUGCAGAUACGUCUCAGGGCGAGGUUUCAGCCUUCUGCAAGCAGGCUAAUCGCAUGACCCUCGCUCAAGUCGUUGAGAAGAUUACUGUACGAGAGCGGCUAACCGCCAGCGGAGAUGCUCACCGCACGGAGUUCAUCGUCGACAUGGAAUUCUUUCCCGAGGAGGAGUAUCGAAGCGAAUAUGACGUCGAGCCAUCAGAGAUCUUGGCCGUGUUUAGCUCCAAAUUCCCCCUUUUCCUGAAGAAGGAGAUUCAAAAUGAAAUCAAGAAGAUUGACGCUGAUCUGAAGAGCCAAAUUGCUGAGCUUGGCAAAGGGAAAGUGUCGAAAGACCUUCCGGUGGACGGGGGAGAUGCUGAAGAUGAGGCUGCACCUCCGAGUCGGGGUCGAGAUGAUGACGAAAGGAGUGAAGAGGGAGAUGGUGAUGCGGAGGACGAGAAGCGGGCGAGGCAGCGGAAGCAGCAAGCUACUUACGAUUCGGACGAGGACGAGGACCCAACCGAGCUUGACGAAGAUGCAAUCGAGGCGGCGUUUGCCACUGCGUCUAACGAUGAUGAAGAGCGGGCUGAAAUUCCGAAGCUCAGCAAGUCACUCAAAGAGAGGAUCAAGGUUGUUUCGGACUUAUUCCAGCACAACCUCAUCUUUGCCACAUCAUUUGAUUUUACUACAAAGAAGUGUACAUUCAAGUUGGAGUUCACUGCAGAGUUCCCAAAAUUACUGCUGGUUGGCGUGGUGGAACGCACUUGUCACAAGUCCAUCAUUCGGGAGAUUCCAGGCAUCGCCGACUGCUUCAGUUCGGCAAAGGACAACGAUCAAAAGGGUAAAAAGAAGAUUCAGGUCACUACGAAUGGUUCUAAUCUUCAGGGAAUGUGGCUCUUUAACGACCAAGACGUCAUUGUCAAUGAUACUAUCUACUCCAAUGACAUUUACGCCAUCCUGAAGACGUACGGUGUGGAGAUGGCUCGCGCGGCUAUCCUCCGGGAAAUUGGAGGGGUGUUUAGUGCUUACAAAAUUGAUGUAGACAUGAGACAUCUAGAGUUGAUUGCGGAUUAUAUGACUUUCGAAGGCGGGUACAAGCCUUUCAAUCGGAGCGGAUUGUCUAGCAACCCUUCCCCACUCCUCAAGGCAUCUUACGAGACAACCGCUGCAUUCCUGUCUGAUGCCACGCUGUAUGGCGACUUCGAUGAUCUCUCGACUCCAUCCGGGAACAUCGUCAUGGGCCGUCCGAAUAGAACGGGGACGGGUGUGUUUGAUGUCGUCAUGCCCAUCGCAUGACGAAGGUUCCACCAACUAGACACUUGCUGCCAUGCAUAUGCUAUCACUGCUUUAUGUCGGAUCAUUUACGGGACUUUUAUGUAGCCCUUAACAUUGUUAUGCAUUUCCUUUUGCC